AUGGCUGCAAAGCGUACCACAAAGAGAGCAGUAGCCAGAGCCAGAAGUGACCACUUACAACCUCUCUAUGAGAAGUUGGAGUCCUCUGAGAGGCAGAAGCUUAUCUAUAAGUUGGCGCGCUCCAGGAUUGAAGUGGCACAGGAUAUUUCCAAGGCCGCUGUGAGAAAGAUCUUGGGGGCGACCUCAUACUUCAACGAGCUGUUAAACAAACAGCGUAAAGAGGUGCAGCCACCGGACCUUCCUCCAAACCAAGGACUAGUGCCCCCGGUAACGACCAAUCGAUGA